AGAUUUUUUAUUUGUUUUAUAACUUGUUUAACUUAGUAUGAUUAUUUGUUCUUCAAAAAUGUUACUUUGAUAGCAAAUGUGAAUUGUGGUAAUUAUUCCUUUCAAACCUACGCUGUCAUCUGUUACCUGAAGCAGCAGGCUAUCCUACCUAGGCCCAAUUAAAAUAGCCUAUGUUGACUUCUUUUCGGGAUAUUAUGUCUGACAAGUGAGGUGAAUCACGGUGUGGUGGAUUAUUUAUCAAAGGAAAUUUCCAAAAUGCCGAAACCGAAGAAGCUUAUUUCGCUUAACAGAUUGUUACUUAUUUGCAUCACUCUAUUAGGAUGGUGCCGCUGUUCUGAGGAUGCUAGGAAUGUUCUCAUAAUUUUAGCCGAUGACGGGGGUUUUGAAAUGAAAACAUAUCAGAACCACGUUAUACGAACCCCCAAUCUGGAUGCAUUGGCGAUAAGAAGCCUCAUCUUCAACAAUUCUUACACAUCUGUAAGCAGCUGCUCUCCUAGCAGGUCAGCCUUAUUGACUGGACUACCCUCACAUCAGAAUGGCAUGUACGGACUGCACAACGGAGUACACAACUUUGACUCAUUGAAAAACUCCAAGAGUUUACCAAACAUUCUUUCGGAACAUGGAAUCAGGACAGGAAUCAUUGGCAAGAAACACGUUGGGCAAAAGGAAAAUUACCAGUUUGAUUACGAGGAAACUGAAGAAAACAACUCUAUUUUGCAAGUUGGGCGCAACAUUACCCGAAUAAAACUUCUGGUUCGGGACUUCCUAGCUCAGGGCAGAUCUAAGCCAUUUUUCUUGUACGUUGCGUUUCACGACCCUCAUCGCUGCGGGCACACUCACCCUCAAUAUGGAAACUUUUGUGAGAAAUUUGGAAACGGAGAACCAAACAUGGGGCACAUCCCCGACUGGACACCAACAAUCUACAAACCUGAAGAGGUAGAGGUUCCAUAUUUUGUACAAGACACACCUGCAGCUAGAGAAGACAUUGCGGCUCAGUACACUACCAUCUCUAGGCUUGACCAAGGUGUCGGGCUGGUGUUAAAGGAGUUGGGAGACGCAGGAUUUGGGGCUAAUACCCUUGUGAUCUACACAUCUGAUAAUGGAAUACCAUUCCCCACUGGACGCACUAACAUGUAUGAUUCAGGAGUGGCUGUACCUAUGUUAAUAUCCUCCCCUAGACCAGAGGACCGACACAACCAAGUAACCUACAGCCUCUCCAGUCUAUUGGACAUCACCCCGACGGUGUUGGAUUGGUUUAAGAUUCUUUAUCCAAGAAAGUAUCCAAUUUUCACCGGCCGAUCACUGUUGCCACUUCUACGUGAAGAGCAUAUUAGUGACAACGAAGCAGUGUUUGGCAGCCAUAGUCUGCAUGAAGUGACAAUGUACUACCCGAUGCGAGCCAUUCGCACAAGAAAAUAUAGACUUAUCCACAACCUUAACUACCUCAUGCCGUUCCCGAUUGAUCAGGACUUCUUCCUAUCACCAUCCUUCCAGGACAUUCUGAACCGCACGAGGACCAAGCAAGAGUUGAAGUGGAACAGAUCUCUUAAGCAGUAUUACUACAGACCUCAGUGGGAAAUGUUUGACAUCACAACUGACCCUGAGGAACUUGACAAUUUGGCGUACAACUCUUCCUUCAAAAGUGUAGUGGACGGACUGAUCGCUAGGUUGGAUGUCUGGAGGAGAGAUACAGAGGAUCCCUGGCUAUGUAGUCCGUGGGGAGUGUUGGAAGACGCUGGUACCUAUAAGAAACAUCCGCACUGCUUCUCUCUCGACAACAAAAUAUAAUGCUUCGCUAGUUAUAGUUUAACUUAAAAAGCUAUACUACUAGUUAAUUUAGUGUCUCUUUCUCUCAG